GUACAGAGCGUUAGGGUAGUUUCUCAAAUCGACGAUAGAUCUAAUUAUCGACUCGCGUGUAUCGAAUCUGCAAUCAGUAUUUCUUCCUGUUUCCUCUACGACGAAGAAUUCAUUCCGAUGUAAAUAUGCAGUCUCUCUUAUCGAAAGUAGCCAGCACAUAAACGUCCGUUACUACUUGUUGUACGCCAACAAUGUCUGGCAUAGUAUCCUGUGCACGGUUAUCAUGGAUCAACAUAAAUUAGAUAAACCGCCCGGUCCACGACGACAGCGCAUUUGGCUCGGUUUCAAUUGAUGGGAGGAGAACAGCGUCCCUCUUUGAUUUAUAGCGUGCCUACAACCAUCGAGCGUAUAUUCUACUUAUUUUCUAUGUGGUAAUGCUCCUGUUGCUCGCGUACACGUGUACAGGACGUCUCAAAAGAACACGCUUCACUCUGAAAUGAAUACUGUGACGCAAAGAAAUGGAAGAAUAUGAAAUAAAUAAGAAAAGUCCUCUGAAGGUUGAAGUCCAAUGCUAGAGGUGAACAGGUUAAAGGGUUAUUUCACAAUACAACGAAUGGCACAGCGUGCAAGUAGUACAGUCAAUGAUACGCGUGCAGUAGAAAAGUCGUCCAUAGCCAGACACACCUGUGUCGCGUUUCAGGUUCCCGCAGACGCUUAGGACUAAAAGUACUCAACCGAGAGCCACGUUAUCUGGUUCAGAAAAGAUCUAGUCGAUAGUUAACGGCUGUCCAGUGUAAUUCAAUUCACGCGUAAUCAAUUCUAAGCUCCGCGCCGACACGAGUAGCGGCUUCUCUAUUUAAAGUAGUUCUCUUGUAAGCGCAGCGAUGGCAUCUGCGGAUGCAAAGGCCGCUACUAGAUACACGUGUUUCUCGCAGCCUAUUGUCUCACCAUCGAUAAAGCCACUGGGAAGCUUCCACAGGGCUUUGUUCGUGGUGAAACGACCGCUUCACCAUGUUCUGGUGCAACCAGAUGCAUUAACGCAAGCAUUCUUUCCUCCGUGAUCGUUUCUCCGAGCGAGGGCAGCAAUUGACCGAUAUCCUCCAUAGAAGACCCGCCUGGCGAACGGAUCGAUCAAUUAACAGAAAAAACUAAUUGAACAGAAGCCGCAAUUAUCGGUGGAAGGUUAACCGAGCGAUGAAUAUUCACAGUCGGCGACCGGGUAAUCCAGCGGAACUGGGCUGUACGAAAGAGACGGGGAGAAGGGGGCAGGCGGGAACGGGGCACGCGGUUAAAUAAAUUCGUCGAUAACGCGGCAAAAGAUCAUCGUUUAUUCAAAUAAUGCCCGUCCCCCGGCUCGGCCCGGCCGGCGCGAACGGGCGGUUUGUAACGUUGCUGUCCGCGCUUAGAAAAACCGUUCGGGCUUGCGCGCGAGCCAGCGUACUCCGUGCUUUUGCGUGGCCAGGCUCCUCUCUCGGCUUCAAUGCAUCACGGCGUCGCGUGCGAGAGCCGCGCACGUCGUUGCUACGGACCAAGCACAGCCCAGUCGACUGAGUUACGUUAGUCCGUCGCGGAGCAUCGAUCGGUUCAUUGGGUGCACGGUCGCCGUCGAUCGGUCGUUCGAGCGACAGGUGAACAGACUCGGGGGAACCUAUACACGAAGGAGCUCCGGCGGAAGACCACGCAAGAGAAAGAUUCCUCGGCUCGUCUCGAUAGGCGCAAGGGGACCGGUCCAAGACACUCGCCCACGAGAUAGAUCGUGGAUAUCGGGUGGAUCGGUAUAGUCGUUUCGAAAUCAGUCGGCGAAUUACCGAUCGUACCGCCAAAUGAAGGCACGUAAGAGCCGCGAGAAAAGUAAGUUCAUCAAUCAUACAGGCGGACUGUAGUGCCGCUUCGAGUUUCCUCUCCGAGUAAUAUCGGGUGCAGGCCAGUUCGAUACGCCGUGGAAAUAAAGAGAGAUCCUCCUCGAGACGAAGGGAAUCGCGCACAGCCCGGGGCCUCAGACCAGAAAGAGAUCUCCCCCUUAAUCGCGCGUUCACUGCUAAACGGCCGCCAAAGAUGCAACGGCAAGAGGGCGAGCUUGAAGAACUCGGGGGCGUUUUAGGGGGUUCCACCGCGGGCGCCCUAGCCCUCGGCGGACGUCACAAGCCCGAGGAGCUUGCCACCCUCGCUGCGAACACCAGGUUCUCCAGGAAGGAGAUACAGCUGAUCUACAGGGGGUUCAAGCAGGAGUGCCCGACCGGCCUCGUCGACGAGGAAGCGUUCAAGCAGAUAUUCUCGCAGUUCUUCCCGCAAGGAGACGCCAGCCAGUACGCUCACUACGUCUUCAACACCAUGAAGAGGAAACCCUCUGGGAAGAUCAGCUUCGAGGAAUUCCUGACUAUCCUGUCGAAAGUGUCCAGAGGCUCUGUAGAGGAGAAACUCCAGUGGGUGUUUGGUCUCUACGACCUGGACGGGGACGGAUUGAUCAGUAAGGAGGAGAUGCUGGACGUGGUAGGCUCUAUUUAUGAGAUGCUUGGACGUUACACUCAGCCACAGAUAGUUGAGCCGCACUUGGCUGCCAGGGAGCACGUUGAUCGCAUCUUUCAUUUGAUGGACGCCAACAAGGACGGCGUGGUGACGAUCGAGGAACUGGUGCAGUGGUGUUCCAAGGACGAGCAACUCCUGCGAAGUCUCGACACUCUCGACACCGUCUUAUGAGAUCAUUGCGAUCGCUCUUCAUUCAUCGCUCGACACUCGACGGCCACGGAUCCCUUAGAAAGUUUCCGGCAUGUUGGUAAGCUGUACGCGUAGUUUCCAUCGCGACUAAGCUUACUUCCGGUCGCACCCGGAUUUCGAUUUGCGAGAAAUUACUGUCGCAGCUUCACCCAAGCCGUUUGUAAAUAUGUAUCUACCCUACCUACCCAGUCUUUCAACCGUGCUGUCGAGGACACGACGAUGCCAAACAGUAUUACCGAACCCCUGGCGCAAAGAUCGUUCAUUCCACUCUAGAUCCCGGGACAUUUUGUAAAUAACGCGUCGGAGCGCGACUCGAGCAAUGCAAUUCGGGAGAACGCGAGGUCGACGGGUGUUUAGAGGUGACGAGUAGCAGGGUAGCAAAGUUAACGAAGUUGUGAUAGUUGAAUGUUCUUUAUUUAACGCGUUAAGCGCCAUGUCAGUCACUGACGCUUCUGAAUGACUAGAAAACAAUCGUAGCAUACAAGGUAAUUGAUAUGAAAUGAAAAUGUUUAAUAACUAAGUUGAUAAUAAUGUAAUGCAAACAUUGCAACGCCAAAUAAUUAAUCGUUGUUCCUUUUCUAUGCUACAAAAGAAAAACUCUACGGGAGAACACUUAAGAUUUUCAUGACGCUUAACGUGUUAAUAGAAAAAAUGAUUAACAGAAUUGUGAUAGCUUAACGAAGUUGUGAUAGUUUAAUUCUUUAAUAGAAAAAUGAUUAACAGAAUUAGGAGGGUUUGAUUUAGUUAUCGCGUUCACCUACUUGCUUUUAGUUUUUUAUUUUGAUAACCUUAAUUCAUUAAUUCUUAUAUCGUCAGCUCUAAAUAUGCGUCGAGCCGUUUCCCCAAUAACGUAGGACGACACGUUGAGAAGCAUGUGUCAAGGAAUCGUUAUCCAGGAUCGAUGCGUCGAGAGCAACUCGAUGUCCCACGAUUCUUCAUCGCGGAGGUUACCAUUCGCGUUCGAAGCAGAUUUUCAAUCAUCAGUCACAAUGAAUUUUAAGGGCUUCGACGGCGACAGCCCGAUUCGCGGUCGCUCUAACGAGAACAUAUAACUUUUCUUCAAUGGAAUUCAAUUUUCACCCUCUAUACUCGUUCCGAAUUCCUCGCGCUUCUUCUUUCAAGCGAUUUCAGCGCACUAAGCAGCUCCCCUUUUACAAGAUUCCGCGAAUAUCAGAUUCCUUCGAUUGAACCUCUCAGGAUUAUCAAGUCGCACAUUUGUUUAAGCAACAGUUGAACUUCGACCUCGGUCGUUCUUGCUUCUUGGUACAAUUAUCGAUGUAAAUCGGAUCGAAGCUAACGCUUGGUACGCUAAGGUGAUCGAUGACGCUUCAACGUUUCUCCAUUCUAUUUGGAAGCGAUUCGAAUCGUUGUCAGAUUAAACUGUUACUUUAUUCUUGUCACUCUUCAGUAUAUUCGCGUGAGCAUCCACAGUUUAAUAGCGAAGAGAUUAUAUAAGGGAAUAUUUGAAUUCUGUCGUUCGGCUCCGAGUUCACUGGGCGUCCGGCAGAUGCGAAUCGUAUUCGACAAUCGUUGAAACCUGUCUUCCAUAGACAGGCGCAUCAAUUUUUCUUACCUUGGAUACCUCGUGCCACAAAAAGGUCGUUACAUAAUUCAGUGAAUUUUAAACAGUGCUGCACCGGGGAUCCAAGGUAUUCGCAUAUGCCCGUCGCAUAGAAUAUAGAGUGAACAAUGUUUCCAGUGACCCAUGACCGAUGGAAAAGGUAGAUAGUAAAUCCAUUAAUAAUAAUGUUACCUUAGAUACCCUCGACCAAGUAAGAGAAGCGUGGUCUCCACGGUUCGUGUGAUUCUCUUGUACCUUACUACUUAUUAUAACUGUCGCGUUUCAAGAUUAUUGUUACCUAUAUCAAUUAUUCUUGAUCCCAAUCUUUGUCAUCUACCAGGGAUGGGGGAAAUUUUAUUCGGAUAAUAAUUAACACGUUCGCUACCAGCGCUUAUUUCGGUGACGGUCUCUUUAUAAUAUUUUCUUCAAUUUAAUAAAUCUAAACAAAAUAUUAGAAAAAACUGGAACGACUCAUCGAUUUCCUAAAUAUAAUGUUUAUCAUUUUUAAUAACUAUAUCUAUAGGAUUAAUCUUCAUUGUGUAAAUUAUAGUAUUACAGCCAAUAUGUGGCGCUGGUAGCGAGCGUGUUAAUGGCGAACGAAAACGGUGUUUCAGGGUUUCAUCUUUCUAUCAACUAACCCUUUGCGGACGAAGAUUGUUGAGAGUAUAGAAAACAUUUUGCAGAUUCUGCUAAAUUAAACACUGAAUGUUUAAAUCAUAGAGAAUAUAAUAGUUAAAUCAUUUGUUCGCGAUUUGGUACUCCAAACAUGGAAGUUUGAUCUCAGAAGUGCCGACAUUCGUCCGCAAAGGGUUAAUAGGAUCAAAGGAUUAUUUCGAUAAGAAUUGAAUUAUUCUAAAGGGAAUAGAAAUACUAUUGCAACUUGCAAUUAGCACGUUCAAGCUUAUUCAAUUUUGAUUUACGAGAGACUCUUCGAUUGAACAAUGAAUUCGCCCAUCUCUGUCAAGUCUACGAACUUCUCGUUGAAUAUCAUACCUAUAUAGAAAUUGUUGGCGUCUACUUGAAAUAUUCUAAAGCGAUAUUUUAUCGUGUACAAAUUAUCGUCGAGUUCGUUGAAUUUCUCAAGUUUAUUGUACAAUUCUGUACAACGAAUAUAUUCAGGGAACGUCAACCGUUUCUACGUGAUCGUGAAAUGUAAAGAGAUCGGUUUCCGUUCAAUUGCUCCUCAAUAUAAAUAUAUAUUCUUGGUACGAAUCUGUGCCACUCAAGGAAUCGAUUGUUUUACUAAUUGGUACGUCGUAUAUAUACGUGUGUGUAGGUACACCUACGUACGUAUGUAUACAUAUAUGUACUUACAUGUACGACAUACUGUAUUUUAUAUGCAAGAUUAUGCAACAUGCACAUCGAAUUGAAUGUCUUCUGGCUUUUGAUAAGUUCAUUAAAGGUACAGUAUUGCUAACGACUCAACAACCUCUCGUCAUUGUGUACUUCUGAUCACUUAGAAUUGUAUUCCUUUUGUGUAAAUAAGAAGGAAAUCAUUGCUACUAAGUUGCGCGAAAGGAAAUCUCGAAUCAACAAUGUAGUCGAACAGAACAUCGACGCUUUUUCGAAGCUGAUCAACAUUCGUUACCUAUCUUACGACUAAAAUUAACAAAUUUCGAAUUGGAAGGAAGAAUGUAAAUAAAAUAAACGAGAUAUUGCCAGAUAUUGUUGUUUAUUUCAUUGCAUCUGUGUACAUUGGGAAGUAUAAUGUAAGGGGCAGGUAUUUACAGGAUAAUGCAUAUGGCGCCAUCUAAUUACAAUUGGGAGGAAUAAUUGGGAAACAGUUUAAGACGUUUCGCAAUAGGUGCCGCUGUAUAAAGUUAAUUACAAAUUAAUUAAUGUUAACCCUUUGCACUCGAGGACUGCGUUGCAGAGCCGUUUAUAAUUUGUCAUUAUAAACUGUGAAA